AUGACUAAAAUUUCACCAAAAGAGUGCCAAACAAUGCAUCAUUGCGAUAAAAUAUCUGGAGCCCGUGUCAUAUUAACAAUUUUAAGAUGUGUUGCCUUGUGGCCCUGGCAGUGUGAAUAUGAGAAUGAAACUAAAAUGUUAAUAAUAGCAAAAAUGCAGCAUGUUCAGCGUUUUAUUAUACAUGUACCGGCUACCCUGUUGUUUUGCUUGCUAAUGUGGGUGGAGGCCUUCACUUCGUCCGACUUGGAUCAGGCUGGUAAUGUUCUGUACAUGUCGUUGGCUUUAAGUGUUUAUAUAGUGAAAUUGGUGAAUAUGGGAGUGCUGUCCAAGAAAGCCAGCUCUUUCAUUUAUGAACUGGAACACAAUACAAUGUAUGAUUUUCUAAGUCCCAAAGAAGCGGAAAUGUGGUCGAAACAUCAAAAAAGUUUUCGCAAUGUUGUAAUCAUUUUCACUUGUGGUAGUGUUUUUUCGGGUGUCUUUGCCUUUGUGGGUGUCUUGUUCGACAGCGAAUAUCGUUUGGGCUUUCCCUAUUGGUUGCCUUUUGAAUGGCGCAAUCCAGAGCGUUAUUGGUAUGCAUAUGCUUUUAAUGUGACCGGUAUACUGGUGUCCUGUUUGUCCAAUGUCAGCUUGGAUAUGUUGGGUUGUUAUAUGAUUUUUCACAUUGGUCUGCUGUACAAACUGCUGGGAAUGCGUUAUUCUGGUAUAAGGAGCGUUAAGGAAGUGCCUGCCAUUAAAGAGUUUAGGAAGUUAUUUCUAAUGCAUGCGAGUAUAAAAAGAAUGACUAAAGAAUGUGAAAGCUUAAUUUCUCAUUAUGUGUUGGCUCAAAUUAUUUUCAGUGCCUUAAUUAUAUGUUUCUGUGGUUAUCGGCUGCAAAAGAUGAACAUUUUAGCCGAAUUAAGCCAAUUCUUUGCCAUGUUACAAUUUCUAAGUGUCAUGAUUUUGGAAAUAUAUUUACCCUGUCAUUUUGCCAACCAAAUAACUAUGAACUCUGCUAAUUUGCUUAACAACAUCUAUGACUGUGAAUGGUUAAAGUUUUCUACGGCAAAUCGGAAAUUUCUGCGUUUGUAUAUGGAAUUUUUUAAACAUCCUGAACGUCUUAGAGCUGGAAAGUUCUUUGAAGUGGGUUUACCCAUAUUUACUAAGGUGAUGAACAAUGCCUACAGUUAUUUUGCUUUGUUGUUAAAUAUGGAUAAAUAA